GUUGGAUCAGUGUGAUUUUCAGAUGGGUGUACAGAGGAAAUGUUCGAGCUGUUUGAGAGUUUGUCAGCGGGUGUAAACUCUGUUAAACGGAUCAGGACACACUAAUCUUACACGCUUUAUUUCAGCACACACUGCACAGCGUUUCUAAUCUUACACACGCUCAUCAACAUUCAUCAUGGACAUACAUCAGCUGUUUUUAUGCGCAAACAAGGACUAAACUCUCGUGUGCUGUAAACGUCUUUUAAAUGUUGGAACGAACGAUAGAAAACAUGAGUGAAAUGAGAAGAAACGCCAUCAGGAGGAAGUCCAAGCCGAAGCAGCGUGACGGUUCUGCGGCGGAGGAAUGCGCGGAAUGUUCAGAUAAAGCUGGCAAGCCGAGCUGCUUUCCGUCCAAACAAUCUGAUGAAGAGGAAGCUUGUGUUGGGGUGAAGAUCGCACAGAGCAAAGCUGUUGGCAGCAGCAGCCCGACUGAGCAAAGCCGCCGCAGUGAGCGGUUGUGUCAUGGAUCCAGAUUCAGUGACAAGAGUCACACUGGAGUAAAUGGACGAGGUUCAGGCCGCCGGCUGCUGCAUCCCAAACCGCAAGUGCCUCCUAAGCCAGCACACCUCCAGAGUCCGGUGACAGAAGUCUCUAUUCCACUCGGCACAGGAACGUCAGCCAUCAAACCCAGUAUGGAAGGGGGAGGAGUAGAAGGAGCCAAAGGAAAGGGCAGAGUGUCCAACCUCAUCAGCCGCUUUGAAGAGAGCAGACACAAAGAUGGUCAGAGGGAGGGUCCAACUCUGAAGCAGGUCAGCAGAUCUCCCAACUGCAGUCCAGCACACAAGAACUACCAGAAACAAGAGCAACCGACUGACUCCAGCUCCACCACCGGCAUCCCAUGUCAUGCUCUGAAACCUCCUAACGGGGUUCUAGCCCAAAUGAACAGAGACAGGGACAGGCUUCAGGACCAGGAUGGAGUUUCAGACACUUCAGUUCCAGUUGUGAAGCUAGACAUGCAUGAACUGGUCAAUGGAGAUGCAGCGGUGGACAGUACGGAUGGGAACUGUGUCGAUGUAUCUCACAGUCAUAUAAACAGGAGCGAGGAGAAUGAGCAGCAGUGUGUUGUGAUGAACAACAUCCCAGAGCAGAAGGAAACAAAUGAACAGAAGCUUUACAAGAUAGCAAAUGAGCUUCUACAGACAGAGAAGGCUUAUGUUGCACGACUCAACUUAUUAGAUAAAGUGUUCUGUGCCAAGCUGAUGGAAGAGGCCAGAAAAGACAUGUUCCCUGUGGAUGUGGUGAAAAACAUCUUUUCCAACAUCUCUUCCAUUAAUGCCUUCCACAGCCAGUUUCUUCUGCCUGAUCUGGAGAAACGAAUGGGGGAAUGGACGUCAACACCUCGCAUUGGAGACAUCCUACAGAAGCUCACUCCCUUCCUGAAGAUGUAUGCAGAGUAUGUGAGGAACUUCGAUCAUGCCAUGGAGCUGCUGAAGCAAUGGACAGAUCGAUCGCCUCAGUUCAAAGCUAUCAUUCUGGAAAUUCAGAGUCAAGAACAGUGCGGCAGUCUGACGCUGCAGCAUCACAUGUUGGAGCCGGUGCAGCGAGUGCCGCGCUACGAGAUGCUGCUCAAAGACUAUCUGAAGAAGCUUCCUCAGAAUCACAUAGACAGACGGGAUGCUGAAAAAUCUUUGGAAAUAAUUGCCAUGGCUGCCACCCACUCCAACACUGCCAUAAGGAAAACGGAAAACCUGAAGAAACUUCUGGAGAUUUACGAGAUGCUGGGAGAGGAAGAGGACAUAGUGAACGCCUCAAAUGAGUUAAUAAAGGAGGGUCAUAUUCUGAAACUGGCCGCCAGGAACACUUCAUCCAUGGACAGAUAUCUCUUCCUGUUCAACAACAUGCUGCUGUACUGUGUCCCCAAGUUCAGUUUGGUGGGACAGAAGUUUACGGUGCGCACACGCAUCGGCAUUGAUGGCAUGAAGGUUACGGGGACGUUUAAUGAGGAUUACCCUCAUACCUUUCAGGUUUCUGGCAAAGAACGCACACUUGAGCUGCAGGCCAGCUCUGAACAGGAUAAAGAAGGCUGGAUAAAGGCUUUGCAGGAAACGAUACACAUUUUCCACCAGAAAAAUGAGACAUUUAAGUCAGCAUCCAAAGAAGUGGAGGAAGUAUCGGAUCUUCAGAUAUCCGAGCUGGGGAAACGAGCCCCUCGCUGGAUACGGGACAAUGAGGUGACCAUGUGCAUGAAGUGCCGAGAGCCCUUUAACGCCAUCACACGCAGAAGACAUCACUGUCGAGCCUGUGGAUAUGUUGUAUGCUGGAAGUGCUCAGACUACAAAGCCUCUCUGGAAUAUGAAGGCAAUAAGAUGAACAAAGUGUGCAAAGACUGUUACUCCAUACUGACGGGACACAUAGACUGUGAGGAGAAAGAGGGCAAGAAGAAAGGAAUUCUAGAGAUUGAAGCAGCUCAGUUUUCAGGCAGUAGUAUUAUGUGUGGCUUCCUGCAGUAUUGCGAGAAGAAUAAGCCAUGGCAGAAAGUUUGGUGUGUCAUUCCUCAGAAGGAAGCUCUAGUUCUCUACUUGUAUGGAGCACCUCAGGAUGUCAAAGCCCAGUCCACAAUUCCUUUGCUUGGUUACCAGGUUGAGGACACCCCAAGACCUACAGACCCUCUGUCAAGCUUCAGACUAUCUCAAUCUAAGUCAUUCCACAGCUUUGCAGCAGAAAGUGAAGAACUGAAGCAACGCUGGCUCAGGGUGAUCCGUUUGGCAGUGAUGGGUGAGGUACCAGAGUCCCCGCCACCUGGAGAGGGCACUGCCACAGAAGGCUCCCAGGAGCCCAGCUCUAACAGUGUCUGAGCAAAGAGAGAGGAACUCUUGUGACAGGUUCACUACUGAUGGGGCAAUGUUGCCAAGCCUCAUUUUGCUGUUAGAUCACCACAAAGUGUUGACACUUUUGCUCACAUUGCACAGACUAUUUGCACCAUCACUAACAGCAUUUAAAAGCCAUGCGUGUGUGUCCCCUGCUGGUUGCUCUGAGCUAUAGCAUUUGUCCAGUUGUCCUAACAUUCCAUUUGGAUUUGGACGCAUACAAAACAUCAGGAGGAGGACUGUAAGCACAAUCACACUGUUUGGAUCACACUGUGUGGUGCUACUGGACAUUUGCUUGAUCUUUGCCAGACUGAUUUUGAAUUAUGCAAAGGAAGAGUACAUGGAGGAUUGAACUAGAGAUCAUUGUCAGAUGUACUAAGCUGUCAUGGCCACCCGCUUAUGUAAAUAUUGUAUAAUCUGAAGAAAAGAUGCGUUUGUAUGUAUAAAACAUUGAAACAGACAUCUAUUCUCUUUAUAUAUAUAUAUAUAUAUAUAUAUAUAUAUAUAUAUAUAUAUAUAUAUAUAUAGGCCUAGAGGAGCAUUCGGCCACUGUGAUUUCUGCCAAGAUGGGUUCUUGGAAUAACAUUUUUGUCAAAGAAACAUAAUCCUAACCCUUUACCCAAACCACAACUUUGACCCAACCCCUUUAUGCCAAAAAUCAGAGGGAUAUGACUGAUUGAUAAAGCUCUCAGCCUAACCCUAAACAUAAAAAAAAAUAAAAUAAAAUAAAAAUGUAAGUGAAGUGAAGAAAGUGAAGAACUAAUCCCUGCUAUCUGAUUGAUGAAUAGAAAUGUUGUACCAGAACCAAUAAAGAUGUUUGUCCAAGGGCACAUCUUGCUUGGCAAAUUCACAGUCGCCAGGAUUGUCUGGGAUGUAAUCACAUAAAGCAGCAUUGCCACCUGCUGGUUCAUUUACAGUAGGGUUGGGGUUAGUUUGUCUGCUUUACCUCCAUCAAAUUCAAAUUCAUUUCAAAGCCUAAUCUAAUCAAACAUUGUUGGUAAAUGUGUGAUUUAUCAGGUAUUCCCUUUCUAAUCAUGCUAAUUUAUUCAUUAUUGAUGAUAAAUAACUGGUUGUAAACAGGGAAAGGACCUGUGUAUAUGUGAUUUUGAGAAAAUAGAUUCUGGGAUGGACCAUUUUUCUACAAAGUCAUGUGACCAGUGGAUGUAAGAUGUUUUUGUUCUUAUAUGUAAUGACACUUUCGCUGUGGGCAGCACAAUCAGCUUCAGUAGACCCACUGGAGCAAGGAGACAUGUACAUGUUCUUUAAAUACUGUAAUUUUAAUGUUAUUAUUUAAAAAUAAUUUAUAGCCGAUAUGUAUAAUUUUACAUGGCAAAUAUACCAUUCUCAUCCUUCGUAGAUCCAAGAAAAUGCUGGUGUAACUCUGGAAAAACUACCAUGCUAUAUAGUUUUUCAGUGUUACACCAGCAUUUUCAUGGAUCUAUGAAGGAUGAUAAUUUGUAGAGAUGCAUAUUCCAAAAAUUACAGUUAAUAACAUUGAAAAUUAAUUUUGGUAAUAAAUUGGUUAUUCUUUUUUAAUAAUUAUUUUAUCAUGCAAUAUGAGAUAUUUAGGCAAUAAAUGGCCUUUAUUUAUAAUCAAUAUGACAAAGUAGGCAACUUUCGCAAGGUUACAUGUGGUUAAAAAAAAAAAAAAAAAAAAAACUGAACCUGAAAUUGUAAGUUUAAAGGAUGCUUGACCUUUUAAAACAUCUUCACAACUGAGUUUUUUUUUUUUUUUUUUACCAUUCAGGUUGUUUCCGGUGUCCAUAUUAUCUCAAUGGGAUGUGCCUGUGAAAUUUAUACUGUAAAUGUUACACACAUUUUCGUGGGCAAAGGAGAAAGCAAACAAUGUUGUUUUAAUUAUCUUCACCACACACCACAUUUUAUAUGUACCAACUGAAACUGAAGAUCUACGCACUUUACUGUCUUCUAUAAAGUGUACCUUGUAAAAUAAAAAUAUUAUUCUGCAAGGGUUUUGCCUCUCUUAGAAAUGAAAAGUGUAAAAGUUCACAAUUGUAUUUGUCAUCCACAAAAAAGCUUGGAUUUCGCUAAUUUUUUCCUUUUUAACUUGGGCCCGAGGUAGCUGGGAUUGGCUCCAGCACCCACUGCGACUGCCCCCAACCCUCUUGGUAUGGUGCAGUAGGGCCCGGAUCCUGCUCAUCAGAUCCUGGAUGAAGGUGUGACAGAAGUAGGUUUUGCUUUACAGCCCCUCAACCCUCACAAG